GCAGCGGCGGAGCUCGCACUGGCGGCAGGCGGGCCGGGCGCUUUCCUUCUGCGGUAACCCGUCCCAGCCAUGCCGAAGAAAGGGAAGAAAGCGAAGGCACCCUUGUCGGAUGAGGAGCAGCUGCUUCUGUUUCAACAGAAGUUGCUGGCCGAUGAGGAGACAGCCAAGAAGAAAGAGAGGCUCCUCAACCAGUUCUUGAAGGACAAGCUAGCCAAGGAGGAGCACAACAGUGCCCUGAACCUUAAUAAGAUCAACACUCAGUGGAGAAUGGUCCUUAGGGAAGUCAAGACCAGAGAGCUUCAUAAGGACAUUGAGAUCCUCAGCCAAACGUUUGAACGAGUGGUGGACUGCAAGGACAGUGUCAUCAAGUCUUUAGCUAAGGACUUGUCAGAAGCUGAAGAGCAGUAUGCCCAUGCCCUGCACAGCCAUUUGCACAACGUUGACCAGCUCUUGGCCCUGCAGAGGCGCCGUCUCAACCUCCUAGAGGAAAGUUACAACAUGGAGCUUGACACCCUAACCAAAGAGUUUGAGACAGAAAGGAAGACAAUUAUUGACCAACAUGAGAAAGAGAUGCACUACCUACAAGAUGUCUUCAUGGCCAUGGAGCAGAACUAUAUAGAUUCUGAGUAUGAAAGCAAGCUGGAGUUCCAGAGCAUGUGGGAUGAUCUCAAAAACAAGAAUUUAGAAGAGAAGCACUUUUUACGACUACAACUCGAGAACAUAGUGGAAGAUCUGUGGCGAAGGUUCCAGGAUGCACUCAAGAACUACACUGAUGCCACAGAGGACAGGAAAAUUGCCUUUGAGGCCCUAAAGGUGAAGGAUGAGAAAAGCUCCAAAGAGAUUGAAGCACAGAUGAAAAGAAUACAGAAACUGCAGGAGGCCAUAAGUAUUUUGAAAGGAAAGAUUAUGGCACACAGCCGUGAGAGUGAGGAGCAGAACCAGUGUAUCCGUAAUGACAAGGAGCUGGUCCAUGUACACCUGCGAAAACUCAAGACCCAAAGGACUCAGGCCCGGGAAGUAUCUCAGGAGAACUUAGUCAAACUUACCCUGGAAAGCAAUGCUACCCUCAAGGCCUUGAGGAAGAUCGUGGAUAAGGGUGAAAAGAUCCUUAAGCUUGCUGAAAUAUGUAGGAAAUUUGAAACGGAGGAAGAGAAAGUGCUGCCUUUCUAUGCUUCAGCAUUGACUCCUAAGGAGCAGGCUGAAGUUGAGGCCCUGAAUCAGGAAGAGCUCACAGAGGACCUAGCCCAGGUGAUGGUGAACUACACAGGGAUGGAGAAUUUCUGGAAAAGGUACAAUAAAGUGAAGCUGGAGGUACUAAGCCUGCAGCACAGACGAGCCCAGCUGUUGGACAUCAGUGGGAAGCUGAAGGAGAUGCUCAAGCAGUACUUGGAUGGCAUCUCAGUGAGUGACGAAGUGCUCAGCCAGCCCAACCCCCUCUUCAUAGUGAACCAUCGAAGCAACCUAGCCCAGCCCUUGUCUAUGCCUGCAGCCCAGUCAGGUGACAAAUAACCUCUAAGCACGCACAACAUCACUGAAGGAGCCCACAUAUCUCCCAUACCCUAUGAAUCAAAGAGGAAAUCUCUUCCCAACCUCAGGGAUUUUUUGAGACCUAGCACUUUGCUAUUAAAAACUACAUGGAGGCUCUACUAGUAACCAGAGGCAGUACUCUAUUACGUCCCAGCCUACAGUCCCCAUGCAGUAUAUUCAAUAAACUUUUUAAAAAAUUUUC